CUUCGUUUCUCUCCGAUGGUGGCCUCCUCGUCUUCUUCGCUCUUGUCGGACUCGUCGUCCGGGUCGCGGCGCCGUCAUCGCCGCCGCAGCAACCGUAGCCGCCGAGACAAGGAUAAGGAUAAAGACAAAGAGGCCCUCAAGAUCCGGAAGAGGAGCAGCUCCCACGGCAAACGACGCCGCAGACACCGCCACCGCCACUCCUCUUCUUCCGAAUCCUACUCCUCCGACGAUUCCAGAAGUGAAAGCUCUUUGGACAGUGAGCCUGAGACGUCUAGUCAGUCAAAGAGGCACAAGAAGAAUGACAGACAGAAGAAGAGCAAAGAAAAGGAUCAGAGUAAGAGCCGUCGGCAUACACAUCAUAGGAGUAAACUAAAAGAGAAGCAGCAGAAUGAGAGAGAUAGCAGCCCCGUUCGGCUUUCAAAGUUUUUAGGGCGUGACAAAGAUGAUGGAGUGCGUCGCAGUGCUGUCUCUGGCAAAAAGAUUCUGUUAAAACUUGACAAAACAAAGGAAGACAAGGCUGCAGAAAACAAACGCAAUGAAUUGCUGAAGUUUUUGAAUGCUAGUUUCGACUGAUGGAGGACAAGAUUGAUGAGAACAACAGGAAUGAACUGCUUUGACCGAGUCGUUUAAUUCUCAGAAUCAGAAUAUGAAUGGAGGAAUUUUUCAGUUCAAAUGAUAUUUCCCCUUAGCUCCGGAGUUUUUCAUUUUUUUUAAAUGUUUCUGUUAUUGUUGAUGAAAUUCAUCAUCAAGUUGGAGUCGUGAGUGACUAUAUCAGAACCUGGGUUCAGAGUCCUUUACAUACCAUGAAUUAAAACUGGGGCGUUGUAAUGGUUGUAUUGUGGUGUUGCCGGUAUAAUCUUAUAUGUGAACUUUUUCUUUCGAUGAUUAAUUUCAAAUUGCCGAGUGGUUAGUUCA